CAGCGGCCGCACUGCCCGGGGCGCGGGGUCGGUCCGGGGCCGCUCCGGGGCCGCCGCCGCUGCUUCAUCACCGUCAUCAUCGCCACCGCCGCCAUGGGCUCCCUGCAGCAGCGCCUGGAGCGCUUCCUCUACAGCCCCGGCCCGAUCGGUGACCUGCUGGGUCAGCUGGAAGCCCGUACCGGCGUCCAACGGCUCUACCUGGCCUCAGGCUCCGUGGCUUUCCUGGGGCUGUACCUCAUGUUCGGCUAUGGCGCUUCCCUGCUCUGCAACAUCAUCGGCUUCGUCUACCCCGCCUACGUGUCCAUCAAAGCCAUCGAGAGCAACAGCAAGGAGGAUGACACCAUGUGGCUCACGUACUGGGUGGUGUACGGCGUCUUCAGCGUCGCCGAGUUCUUCUCCGACCUUUUCCUCUACUGGUUCCCCUUCUACUAUGCCGGGAAGUGCGUGUUCCUGGUGUGGUGCAUGGCCCCAGUGCCCUGGAACGGCUCCCAGGUCAUCUACCACAAUGUCAUCCGGCCCUUCUUCCUUAAGCACCACAGCACCGUGGACAACGUGAUGGGUGACAUCGGCACCAAGGCCCUGGAUGCCGCCUCCACUGUCACCCGAGAAGUCCUGCGGACUUUGGCCAACAGCAGAGCGCGGCUGGCGGCCGAGGUGGCCCCGCAGCCCAGCCUGCCCGCAUCAAACCAGCCCUGAACCUGCAGAAGGCGAAGUAAGAAGAGCAUCAAGGCCUCUGGUUCCGGCACUACAGCCCCGGUACCGGGACCAGUACCGGCACCAGCGGCCCCAGUACAGGCACCACGCUCCCAGUACUGGUACAGGCAGCCCCCAUUCUGCCACCGGCACAGAAGCCGGUACCGGAACCAUGCUCCCGGUACUGGUACCGGCAUCCUCCGUUCUGGCACUGAAGUCCCCCGUACAGACGCUGGUACCGGCUCCCAGUGCUACCAGUACCGGCACCAUGGCCCUGUUCACGGUACCGGCUCCCAAUGCUCCCAGUACUGGCACCAUGGCUCUGUUCACGGUACCGGCACCGUGCUCCCAGUACCAGCACCAUUGCCCUGUUCAUGGUACCGGCUCCCAGUGCUCCCAGUACCGGCACCUUGGCCCCGUUCACGGUACCGGGCAGCCCGGGCCGAACCCGUCCGGGAUCCCGAGUUUCUCCAGUCCCAGUCUGUUGUUCCCCCAAUAAACGCCGGUGCCCCC